AAAUGACACCAAGAAGUUGGCCGCAGCAGUCAUUAUCGAUUUUUACCGGCCAAAGAUUGAAAAUACGAAAUAAACCAGAAAGCAAACAUCAGGAAAGGAGCUGAUGCCUGGACCUGCGCAUUGAGCAACGUUUUGUUUUUAAAUGGCUGUUAAGGAAAAUAUUGAGUGACUAACAUCAUUGGCUCGCAGUGGCCGUCAGUUUCGCUUGAGAUUGCCAUUAGAGACAACGUUUAAAGUUGAUUAGACGAUUUCGUACACUGUAGAGGUCAGGGUAGCAAAAAUGAGGGUAAACUUUUGAAAACUUCCGAUGUCUGUUGGACGAAAUCCCAUAAACAAAUAAACAUCGAAGCUUUGUUGAAUUAAAAAUAAAUUCAAAUAAAAGCAAUAUUUUAGUAGAUUAUAAAAAUUGCGGAAUAAUAAACAAAUAAGUGACGUGGUUGGUUUUCAAUAUAAAUGUGAACAUUCGUUAUUUGCAAAUAUAUACGAGUAUUAAAGAAGAAAAAUAAGUGAUAAAUUAAUUUUGAAAAAAUCAAUAUUGCACACAACAUAUUUAUUUGUAUAUACAUACAUACAUAAAUGCUAACCGAUUGCAGUUUGCACUGUUAUUUAUUAAACUGUAUUUACAAGCAUUUAAGUACAUAUUGAAAGUACAUAAGUAAAUAAAUGAGAUCCAAGCGUGUGUGAAUUUCGCCAGUCUCAAGACACAAUGUCCGAUAAGUUGGGUGGACAAAAAGGAUAAUAGCAAAAGCAUUUCUCCCAUGACUUGACGCUGUAAGUUAUCCUUGAAAGUGCAUCAAAGUCUUCGGUGCUAUUAUUGAUUAUACAUUCGUAAAUUUUCUCAUACAUACAUACAUAUUUAUAUAUACACUUACAUAUGUAGGUACAUGUAUGCAUAUGUACAGUAUAUAUAGUAGAAAGCUUGUGCUGAAUGGCAAUCAUCAAAGCAAAAAUAAUAGCCUCACUACCCAGGCAAUACGAAUAGUACUCACAGCGUCAUCAAAGGCACCGUUUCUCUCUGAACACUCGCCAAUACCGAUGUACUACGUCUAAACAUAUGGACAUAUUGUUGUAACAACAACAAUUGGUAUAAAGGACAGUAACAAGCGAACGUUUUAAGCAACAGGAAGUUUAUACUGUUUGAAGAGCUUUAUCAGCACAGUAGAAGUGAUUUACAAAUGGAGGAUUUAUUUUUGCUGAUUAUAAAGGAGUCCACAGGGACAAAACAUAAUGCAUUGCGGCAAACGGCGCAAAUUGCGUAUGAUAAGUUAUACCGCCAGCAUGGAAUCCAUCGGGAUCCGGCUCAUGAACUUCGGUCAGUAUGCUUCACUGCACUGCAAAUGGCCCUAGAUACGAAGCGUCCAAAGUUUGUUACAAUGGGACUCAAUGGUUUGCAUCGCAUUAUCAAAGACGAACGUUUUUACAUUGGCUUGGAACCGGAAGAUGACUCGGUGUGGUUGCCAGCUCAGUUGUUGCGCGCCACAAGUGGCAUUUUGCCUACGACCAGCAACGAAGACACCGUGAUCAAUGUUUUACGCCUUUUUCUGGCUAUGGCUUGCUCACCCGCGUGCACAUUAAAUGGUCGCCUUCUAAUUGAAACACUGUCUCGUUGCGGCGAAUGUUGGGAGUUGGGCUCUCGAGCCACAAAAGCGGCUUCCCUGGCAGCUGCAUCGCAGUGCCUGCGAACUUUUUGCGCCUUUCUCAUGGAGGAGGCCGAGGAGGUGAAGAAGACUGCACCGCCAGGUCUGAUGACACAAACACAGGCUUCGGCCGUUUAUAACGAAGUAAUACCGGUAAUGCAGUGGCUGUGCAGUCGCUUAGUGGAGCCAACUACGAAUGGAUCGCCCAACAAAAAGGCAGACAAUAACUGCUCCUUGUAUUUAACGGAAUGCAUUCUAACACUGACAUCGGCAUUGCCGCGAAACGUUCACGCGAAUCCACACUUUACAUCAUUCUUAUGGCAGAAGUUUUGCCCGACAUUGGCGGCAGCGUUGGGAUCGCCGGGUCGCAUUAAUUUGGAUAAAAAGUUUACGUAUAAGGAUGCACUAAAUCUGAUUGAAAAUGAAGCGCGUGGCUUUUUUACUGGUCCUGGCUUAGAUGGUCCGCAGGCUCGCUGCGUGUACUUGACGGCGAUUCAGUUACUUCGCAUUGCUGGGGCAUAUGGAUCCCUUCGGCCGAUGCUGGAGGCACUCUUUCAUCGUAUGCUCCUACUGCCAGCUCCUCAAAAUCGCACCGAACCACUGAAGUGUGUUCGCGAAAUACUGAAAACUCCGGAGCGUUUGAUAGAUCUGGCAGUUAUCCUUUAUGUUGACAAAAGUACAGGUCAAGGUUGCAGUGAUGAAAUGGCCUUGUUUCGUCUAAUGGUCGAUGCCAUGGAAGAAUGCGCUUUUGGUGUAAGCACAAAUUCCGGAAUGGAGACCGGACUUCACGCAAGCGUGGAAUGUAUGGUCGCACUUCUAGAUAGCUUGCAAGUUCUUUGCAGCGGUGAACUAACUGAAUCAAUGAUAAGUGAUCAGAUUGUGAGUGCGGUUAAUAGUCGUCAUGAAACAUUGAAGGAUGCCGACUACACAGGUCCUUUGACUUAUCAAUCAAUGGCGCGUCUACCAGCCCCUUAUCGCGAUGCGAUUGUUGAGUUUCGGCAAAACGUGUUUGAAACAUCCUCAGGUUCUGAUAGUGAUGGUGAUCAUCCAGAACAUGAUGCUGCUUCAAAUGGCUCCGGCGAUACGGAGGGACCAGAAGAGGAGGAACAAUCGACUUCAAGUGAUGAAACGUCACGAGUAGAGAACCGAUGGCCCUAUACUCAUCUCGAAGCCCCGGUUAUACCUGUGCGCACCGAUAUUGAUAAUGAUCGACAACACGCCAAAGAAUUCGCAAAAGCUUUGCGUACGGAGUUAGUGCCGAAAUUAUUGCGUCUGCGUUCUUGCAUUGAGGUAGACGAAGCCAUGCAAGAAUUUGCAUCAAUUGUUUGCCAAGAGAACACCAUGAAUUUCUCUGAUUUUGAUUGUCACCUCACAGCGAUAAAUGCGGAUGGUAUUUACUUGGCAAUUUAUUCAUCAUUACUGCUCAGCCUGCAAUUAACAAAGGCUGGGUAUUAUGAUGACCCACAAAGGGAGAUACUGAUUCCCAUGUCAGAACAGCAAUUCGUCACAUCUGUCCAAAACACUGGAGUCUUGGUGUAUCUCUCAUCUCCUUGGCUUUGUGAACUCUAUCAAACGGUAUUAGUUUCAAACGCAUUGGAAGCGAUGAGCAGGGAGGAGUUAGAAGGCACCUACUCACGAAGUGCCCUUGUAGAUAUGUUGUGUGAUGCUGGAGGUUUGGGACCAACUCAGAUGCUUUCCGAAUGGCAACGGUUACAAAUGGCGAAUCUGAAACAUACGGAUGAGCUGGACAGCAAGAGACGCGAGGCCGCAAAAAAGCUUUGCAGACGGUUAUUGACUUGUUGCUGGGAUUCAAUGGUUAUAGUGUUGAGUUCGGGUCUCGGCGAUUUAUCGUGCGCCAAUUCAAAUAAAUUGGUAGCAUUGUCAAAACGCACACUUCGAGUCAAAGCAAAAACAAAUAAAACAAAUGGUGAAGCUUUAUAUGCUAUGUGCCUGGAUGGUUUGCACUCGGCAGCUACUUUAAGCAACAGUUUGAAUUUGCAGCAUUUAGCUGGAAAAAUUUUAAGUCUUCUGGCAUCAAAUGUAUGCCAAACAAAUGGACCAAGAAUUUCCGCCAGCCAAGCAAUGUCUAUGGAUGUGGUUUUGAAUGGGGGCUUGAAUUUGGGCUCCUAUAGUCCCGAUUGCUGGCAAUCCGUAUUCGCCGUGUGCCGUCAUGUCAGCCAGUUGGAGCACGAAAUUUUCAGCUUACAAAAUUCAUCGAUUGGCACUUCACCAGGCACAGGGCGCCGUGACUUGGAAACCGGCGAAAAGCUAAGCAAUUCAGCUCAAAAUGAUAAACUAAAUUUAUCUUCACUACCCAUAGAUGAUGAUGAAACGUGCGUGGAUGUUUACAGCUUUCUUCAGGCACCCCUGCAAAGUCCUAAUACGAAUAUUACAUCUAUAUUAAAAGUCUAUUCAGGCACAAAUGAGACGGUGCUAUUGAGUCAGAGUGACACCUCUAAGGUUCUUUGCGCUCUGUCACACCAGGCUGAAAAUCUCUUCUCAGACGCCGCUGAACGCUUAAGUCUGCCUUCACUGUGCCAGUUUUUGAAAAACCUAUGUAAAGCAUCGAGAGAGCAACUCUAUAAGAACACAACUACGCGCAAAGGCAGUCGAAUUUGGUGGCCGAGCAAGGGUUGGAAGAAAAUCGAAACCUUACCAAUUUCUUUAUUAUUACAUCGAAUCGGAGAUGUUACACUGAAGGUAUUUAAAAGCUCCAGACCGCUUAUACAUAUUCUAAAAGUAUGGGCCAUCACUGGGCCUCAUUUAAUGGAUGCUUCCUGUCAUCGAGAUCGCGUAAUAUCGAAACGAGCCAUUGAGUACAUCCAUGACAUCAUUACAGCACUUCUUGUGGAACAAUCUGAGCUACCCCAUUUUCAUUUCAACGAAGCACUGCUGAAACCGUUUGAAAAUCUCCUAAGUAUGGACUCAUGCGACGUUGAUGUGCAGGAUCAAAUUGUUGCAUGUUUGUAUGAAAUCGUCGAAGCGCACAGGACAGAAAUCCGGUCGGGAUGGCGUCCACUAUUCGGAACUUUACGCAAUGCUCGAAGUCGUAUGCUAAAUAUGAGCAACAUCAUCGAUAUAUUCAGAGUCUUUCUUGACUCCGAUAACACUUUAGUAUUUGCCAAUGCUGGAUUAGAUUGUAUACUAUGCUUAUUAUCUUAUCUAGAGAUAUCAGGCAGUGGAGGGGCAAAUAACAAUACGUGCGGUGAUGAAGAAAACAACUUUCGACCCACGGAGUUCCUACAUGAAACACUUCGUUUCCUCGAGCGGUGCUCAUCUAUUUUAGGCUUUAUGUACAACAUGCCGAAGUGUCCCAACUUCCAUUCAACUUACAAAAUCAAAGGAAUCUCCUACACCCAUAUCAUCGAUGCGAACAUCCCUAAUUCAAUGGAGAAUUUUACAUAUUUCGGCAAUGAUUAUUUACAAACGAAGAAUGAGCAGCACAUGAUAUCGUAUCGAUCGUUGCACAUCGACAAAGAUGCCAUCACAAAAAUCGACGAAAUGGAUAAGCCAUCAGGAGUAUUGAAAGUUUGGUUUCUCCUCUUGGAUGGCCUUACAAACUCACUAAUCGUUUGCCCUUAUUCACAUCAAGCACCAAUACUUCAAACGAUAUUUAAGCUAUUCAAAAACUUAUUAUGUUGUCCUGGUAUUGACUUCGGAUUCUACUGCAUUAACCAUCUGUUAAUACCAAUGAUUCAGGAUUGGUUGCGUUACAUCAAUAAAACCGGUGCACCUUGGUCAAUGAUUGAAAAGAACUUCAAGCACUGUUGCUGCAUGACAACCGACUUAGUCGUGGAAUUUAUCGAGAAGUCCGUAAGUGACAGUAGCCGCAGACAAGGUGUAAUGAAGACUCGCGUAACCCAAAUAGUACACACGCCUUCGAAUAUAAAUUUAACUAGCGACUGCAGUACUAACAUCGACAAUUCUUUAUAUUCUAAGUUGAAAUUCAUCACUGAACGGAUUGAUGAUAAUGAUAACAUUAACCACACCCAUCAAUACGAUAGUUCAUCAUCGAGUGAGGAAAGCGGAGCUAACGUCACUGAUUCACCAACUAAAAUAUCCAGCUCGGCUACACUGGCCCUCAAACAGCUGUUAUUGGUAUUAAUAGAGUGUUCUGCGCAGGCGCAGGAAUCCGUAGCGCGUGUUGGGGUUUCGUGCUUAAAACAUAUAAUCUUAUCCACAGGCAUGCUGUUCAAUGAGUCACAAUGGAUGAUAGCCAGCUCGGCAUUACACCGCGCUUGUACGGUGACAAUUGCCCCUUUACGGCAAUUGUCGUUUGCUUUCCAUGAGAAGUCCAAUAGUUUCUAUGGAGAUUGCGCAAACGUAAAGGUGGCAGCUCGACGCGAUAGCACCGUGGAGGAAUUGACGCGCGUUUACUCAUUGGCGCAACAGGUGUUCCUCUCAGACAAUCAGCGAGAACCGACUGCGAAAGUUUCCAAUCACAUGGAGAAACAUUUCACCGAUGAGCGAAGCUAUUCAUUUCUGCUAUAUCCAUUAAACAAUGGUUUCAAUUCGAAUCUGGACAAUUUUGUUAUUCGUAUUCCGUUCAAGAACUUGGUGGUUGGCUUAUUAGCAAAUCAGAUGCUCCUACAAUUAGUUGCGAAGCUCUUACUUUCCCGGCUAAAGUGUGUACCUCAAGCAGUUUCCACAUGCAUAUUUGACAAUUAUGCAACGUCGACGACUGGUCACGACUAUGACUUGGACUUUCGCUCUAAGGAGAUAUUACUGCGAUGUGUCAAACAGUAUUUGACGAGUUCCUUGGAAUUCGAUUCUAGACCAGGACUCAAAUUUCUUAUGCAAAAGGUCUCCAAUACUGAAUAUGCAGCCAAUUUAUAUAAACAGAUGACGUCAUCUUGGAUGAUAUAUUACAUCGCUUUAGUGGAUUCCUAUUUAAAUGACAUCGUUGUAUACAAUUUGGGUCCGGAUGAUCUGAAAUUUAUACUCGAGUCUUGUUCGCGCCUAAAUACGACCACGGUAAAGAAGAAGGAAAACUUUGUGCGUUAUUUGUUCUGUUUACAGGACGCUUGGAAUCUUGUGUGUGAGCUAUAUUUGAACAAUUCAGCAAUUCAUGAUAUUGAGAAUGGAAAGCUGCGUUCUAGCGAUGGCAGUGAUAAGCGCGGUUCACAACACAAAGUGAUGACCGCAAAGCCAAUGCGCAUAUCAGUUAGCACAAACGGUGAGAAUGCCAGUACAUCAAGCCACUCCGAAGCAAUGGCUACUUCACCUAACAAGUGUGCUCCACUCGAAGAGGAAAAUGUGACAAUGACAACAUUGAUCAGUGAAUUUCAACCGAAAAGUCGGAAUAACCCUUUCGACACAAAUCGCCCACAGAAAAGCGAAUCGGAGGCAAUAUCACCGGAAAUUGAGCAACAACGUGCAUCGAGUAUACUCAAGGACUCCAAUUAUAAAAAAGCUGCUUUGGCGCAACUGGUCGUAGCUUCUAUGGAGCUACUGCGCUCUUUGCCCGGCGAAGCUGAGGAGAAUCUUAAGCUGUUAAUGACACCCACAAUCCGAGAGGCCUUUCGGCUGGUUCAGUUGCAGGGCAAUGAAUUGAAGGUUAAUCAAUUUUAGGCUAUGCUUGUUGAGUUUUAUUUUGAUUUGUAAGCAGAACGGAGAUCGCCAUCGAAAUUCGUCAAUGUCAAGCAUAGGACUGGCUAUGGAAUUGAUAUACUCGUAGAAACAUCGGAGUCAUUUAAGGCGACUAAAUGGCAUCUAUGCUGUCCAUAUACACACAUGUAUUCAUACAUACAUACAUACAGUGACCCUGUUUGGCAAUCCAUAACAUAAUUUCGGAAAAUAUUGAAGUGUAACAGGUCACCUUUUACCUUUUACGCCUGUGGCUUCUUCUGGUUGCCCUCGUCACUAUUCAAGGACGUGUGUCGAAGCCAAAUCAUUACAAUAGCAUCAAUAUCAUAUCGGAAUUCCACACAUUGAUAAUCCACGAUCGCAUGCCAAUCAGCAAUGGGUGACAGUAUUUACUAUAUAUACAUAUACAUUACAUAUACUACAUACAUACAUAUAUACUACAAAUAAAUGCUUUAUUUUUAUAAUGGAAUAUUUGCUUUUAUGCGCUACAAAACUAAGUACAUGCGUACAAAUUAUACUAUUAUAUAUGUAUAUUAUAUAUUAUAAUCAUUGUCCAUAUACACGUACAUUCAUCCAUGCAUACAUUUAUAACAUCUCUCAUGACCAACCAUAGGCGAUGCUUCAAUUUAAACGUUUUGCCAAAUUGCUAUGGAAACGAAUUAAAGAUCUCUCAUUUAGAAUCUUCCAAGUCCAAGUUCAAGCAUUCUUAAUUAACAUAAAUGAAAUUUAGCACCGGACGCCUAAAACGAAUCUAAAUAGUUACUCGUGUACCAAACUAACUGAAGAAUAUCAUUUUCAUUGUGAUGGCGGCAAGCGGCAACACAUUUCAAAGUAAGAACUCAACCACAAUUACAGCCCACACUCGCACCUAAACAUUUGAUUUCAUAUGAUGAAAAUAAAAUAGAAACACUCUUGUCUAACUGGCAAACCCGAUGGUGCCAACAGCAAAAAUCUCAGCACAAUGGAAUAACGAAGGGAAGAAAGAGUGUAGAUUUCGAAAAUUCAAACGUUCAUAUCUUUAACAUUUUCCUUGAGACACAGACAUGGUUCUGUUUAAUGUAGAAGGUGUUUCGAGAAAAUGAAAAAAAAAAUAUACAAAUGUAAAUAGGUAUAUUAGAAUGCACUUAUCGUCUGUCAGUAAAGGUAAAUUGUAAUUGUAAUUGUAAUUGUACUUGUACUGUAUUGAAAUAGACCCAAUCGGAAUAUUGUUAUUUUAUAGAUAGAAUGUUCUAAUGUGAAUACAUUUGAGAGAAAUUUAGGUACUCCUUAAACACACACCCAGGAAGAAGCACAAGGUUGGACUCAAAUUAUAAUUAUUUUUAAUGUUUUUAUAAAUAUGAUGAACUAUGUAAUUAUUAAAUAUAUAAUUGUAAACACCAAUAAAUGAGUAGAUGUUUGGGGUCUAACUUCAUAACAGAAUUUCCCUCCAACUCUGUAACACAGAGGAUUUACAAAUUAAAUCAAAUGAAUAUAUGUAGAGCUCUUUUUGGUGAGAUCCAUACGUUUAAGUCUAUAGUAAAAAAUAUGUACGGAUGAAUAUUUAUCAUAUGUACGUAUAGUAUGCGCGUAUGAGAACUAUCUAACCGCUUAAUGCUAAGUAUAAAAACUAAAAUACAAACUUACAUAAAUAUAUUUGCGAAUUAUUAUAAUGUACAUACAUACAUAUACGAGCAAAUCUAUAUAUACAUACACAUAGAGUAUAUAUAUGUAAUCAUGUAUUGGAAAACUUAUCUACUUAAAUACAUACUUAUAUUAUUAUUCAAAAAAUAAAGCUGGCUUAUGUAAAAUUCAAAAUUGAAAAGUGAUUUGUAUACAUAUUUACCUAUUUACCUAUUAAAAUAUAUAUUCAUAUAUACAUACAUAUGUAUAUGUAAAUUUACAAAGCAGUUCCCACAAAGAUAUUUAAUGUGAUUUUUUGUUUUAUUUGCUACCAUGACUGUCGAUUCGGCUAUAACCGUCUAAACGGUUGAACGCCAAUCACAUACACAUACAUGACUGUCGUUUGUAUGCAGUAUUAACCAUAACGGUAGUUUUCAUUCUGUAUGUUGUUACAAAAUAUUUUGAGCGAUCGAAAUACUGAUAGCCUGGCGUCUCGAAAAAGUAGUAGAAGUAGUACUAAUCUUCAAUGAAAUUCUUCAAUCAACAUUCAAAUUUUAAUAAAAAAUAUGUGCAUUACAUACUAACUACACAUGUAUGUAUGUAUGUAUGUAUGUGGUAAAUCUUUAACAAAAAUUACAGUUAAUUAAUUGCUGCUUUUUUCGUUUAAAAACUGGUUUUCCCUCAAAUAUUCGUUUUUGAAUUAUUUGUACAAUAUUUUUACUUACUGUUAAUGACUCUACUGUUAUUGCGGCUGUUAUAAUAUCGUUUUUACUCUCAUUCUACAUACAUAUGUACAUAUGUAAGUAAAUAGGUGUUUAUGUACAUAUAUUUGUGUACUAAUGUAUACUCGAAAGUCAAAUUAUCGUUUACUUUUACAUAUUUCAUGGUAAUCAGUAAAUUUGUAUUUGGUGAAUCAUAUUCAAUUUCAGCGAGCUUAAUGAUUUAAAUACAAAUAAAAUAUACAUAAUACUAUGUGUAUUAUAAUUUAGACUCUUUAGCUGUAGCAUGAUGUUACAAUAUACAAACAAAUACAUCUAAAUAUGGGUUAUAUUAAUUGAAUCAUGACUUUCAAUCAAAUUAGUUUUACAUAAUUUUGUGAUAAACUUCGACGAUAACUGAUAUUUAUUUUUUAUUUAUGUACGUAUGUAUGUAUAUAUACAUUUGAAAUAUAAAAGAAUGGGGAUCAUUAGAGUAUACAUAUGUA